UUGUGUUUCGUUGUGAGAAUAUCGUAGACGGGUAAAUGGCGGCAGACGGUUAAAUAAAUAUUUCAUGUUUUUUCUAUAACACAUUUCUCAACAAAAGUGUUAAGAAAAAUUGGCACAAAAUCUAAAAUAAUAAUAUCUAGUGAUUAAUGGAAAAGUAAACAAAUAAUUUAUUUAAUAAUUUAAAAAUUUAAGUGUUUGAAAUGUGUUUUUUUGUGCGUCUGCUAUUAAGAAAAUUGAAAUUAAAAGAAAAUUAAGAAAGAAGAGGAAUGUGCAUUAGUUUGUAAUUAUUGUUGUGUCAUUACACUAACAACAACCACAAGAAAAGUUGUUAAACCACUUUUAGUAAACAACAACGACCGACCAUUUCUAGUAUUAAUCAUACAUACAACAAAAGAAAAUGAUAAAAAAUUGUUAAAAAAUAAUUUAUAAAUCAAUUUUUGUAAACAACUUGUAAAAUGUCGAAUUUUGUGUAAAAAUGUCAAUUAAAAUUUGUGGCAAUUGGAAAAAUUCAUUUAGAAAAUUCCUUUAUUAAAAUUUUUUUCAACGGAAAGAAAUAAGACACAACAAAAACCGAAGCCUUUUUUUCCAAUACAUAUUUUCAAUAUUUCAAGUCUUAUUGUUAUUGUCUUCGUGGUGUUAGUGUUCUUCUUUACCUUGUUUCUUUACCUUUGUUUUUAUUGUAAGAAAACGAAAUAUAAAAAAAAUAAAUACAAAUAAUUGAGCGCGAGGCAGGUGUGUUUACCAGUGAGAGAAAGAGAGUCAAAAGCGAAACAAACAAGAUCAUUAUUUAACUCUUUUACUCAAAAAGUUAUUGUUGCUGCUAUGGCUUGAUCAAAACUAAUACAAAAAUGCUUAUAAUAUAGAAUAAUUGUAAGAAAAAUAUAAUUUUAAUUAAAAUAAGAAAAGAAUAAUUAAGUGAUCAUAUUCUUAUUAAAUAAAAUCGCCCAAAAAAUAAUGGAAGAACUUGAAAGGCGAUUUAAUGAAAAUUUCUUCAAAAGUUGCCAUAAUUGCAAGUGUUCAUCAACAACAAUGCUAUCGAAAUCAAAGAUUAAUUUGUGGAUUAUUUUAACAAUCUUUGCGGUGCUGCUACAAAUCAACAGCUGUCAUUCUUUAGAUGGCCCACAAUUACAGCCUCCUCGUUUUACAACACAACCAUCAUCUUCAGGUUCAAUAGUUAGUGAAGGACGUACAAAAAUUCUACAGUGUCAUGCCUUGGGUUAUCCACAACCUCAAUAUCGCUGGUUAAAAAAUGGUUUACCCGUUGGUGAUUUUUCAUCCAGUCAAUAUCUACGUAUAUUGAAUACACAGCGGGAGGAUGCCGGCAGUUAUAAAUGCAUUGCUAAAAAUGAUGCCGGCUCAAUAUUUAGUGAAAAAAUUGAUGUUGUCGUUGCCCAUAUGGGUACAUUUAAUAAUAUAACAGAAGGCCGUUUAACAGUAGUUUCUGGCCAUCCUGCCAUAUUUGAUUUGCCUGCUAUCGAUUCAACACCAGUACCAUCGGUGAUGUGGCAAACGGUUGAGGGUCCCUUAAAUUAUGACAUUAAAUAUGCCUUCACAAAAGCCAAUCAAUUGAUAAUACUCAGCACCGAUGAAGUUGAUCGCCGGGCAUAUCGUGCACGUGCCAUAAACACCCAACUGGGCAAGGAGGAGAAUAGUGCCUUCAUACAUUUGAAUGUCAGUGGUGAUCCAUAUAUUGAGGUGCCACCGGAAAUUAUUGUACAUCCGCAGGAUAUGAAAUUGAAACGUGGCGAACAAGUUGCUGAAUUGCAAUGUAUUGCAAAUGCACGACCAUUGCAUGAAUUGGAAACGUUAUGGUUUAAAGAUGGCAUACCAAUUGAAAAUGCUGAAAUCGCUCAUACACUCAAUGAUCCAUGGAAUCGUUCGUUGGCCUUAUUGUCAGUCAAUCUAACGCAUUCCGGUGAAUACUCAUGUCAAGUGCGUUUACGUAGCGGUGGCUAUAAGAUAUUAACGGCAAAGGCAAAGAUUGAAAUCUUAGAGCCACCUUCAUUUUUCACCCAAAUGCGACAGGAAACAUUUGGUGAUUUAGGUGCAUUGGUAACGCUGCCAUGUGAUGUUAUUGGAGAUCCACAACCAUCCGUGACAUGGUUUCGAAAUGCUGAACCCAUCGAUUAUCAACAUGAUAAAUUUUCGUUAUCAGAUGAUAAUUCAUUACACAUAAAACGACUUGCCAUCGAUGAUUCAGCAAUGUUUCAGUGUUUAGCUGUUAAUGAGGCUGGUGAGAAAUCAGCCUACACUUGGUUGCGAGUAAAAAAACCAACAGCAAAAUCUCAUAAAUUUAACAAACAUUCUGCGGUGUUGUAUGCAAAUGCUAAAACAUCAUUAUUAUUAUCAUCAACAACGUCACCAUUAUUAUCAUCAUUAUUAUCUUCAGCCGCAUUUACAUUCCGCCCUACAACAACAUCUUCUUCUAGUGGCACAAUUAGGGAUUUUGUUGCUGCUGCUGUUGUUGCUAAUAAUAAUACGAACAACUAUAAUAAGGACAAUAGCAAUAAUAACAGAGAUAAUAAUAAUAAUGAGAGUAGUAAUAUUGCAUACGUUAGUAAUUUAUUAAAACGUAUUAAACGCUUGGCCCAACCGCGUAUAUUACGUGUCAAAUCUUCACAUGCUGGUGGCAUGGGUUCAGGAUAUAAUAGACGCAACAAGGAAUUUCGCUUUGCCUCAGCACCAGUUUUGGAACAGCCACCACAGAAUGUAACCGCUUUAGAUGGUAAAGAUGCUACCAUUUCAUGCCGUGCUAUUGGUGCACCGAACCCAAAUAUUACAUGGAUUUAUAACGAAACACAACUUGUUGAGAUUUCGAGUCGUGUACAAAUACUGGAAUCUGGAGAUUUAUUAAUAUCAAACGUACGCGAAUCUGAUGCUGGCCUUUACACUUGUGUUCGUUCAAAUGAAGCCGGCACUGUUAAUGGUGAAGCUUAUUUGGGUGUUUUGGUGCGCACACAAAUCAUACAGCCACCAGUUGACACUACAGUUCUUUUGGGCCUAACCGCAUCGUUGCAGUGUAAAGUCUCUAGUGAUCCAACAGUACCGUAUAAUAUCGAUUGGUAUCGCGAAGGUCAUCCAACAGCCAUUAGUAAUUCUCAGCGCAUUGGUGUACAAUCGGAUGGCACUUUAGAGAUACAAGCUGUAAGAGCUUCGGAUGUUGGCACCUAUUCAUGUGUCGUAACCUCACCGGGUGGCAAUGAAACGCGGUCGUCACGUUUAAGUGUCAUUGAACUGCCAUUUCCACCAGCUAACGUAAAGGCAACACGUCUAGAGACACCCGAACAACGAGCCAUAAAUGUAUCAUGGACACCGGGUUUUGAUGGCAACAGUCCAAUAUCCAAGUUUAUCAUACAAAGGCGUGAAGUAUCCGAAUUAGAAAAAUUCGUAGGUCCUGUUCCAGAUCCUCUAUUAAAUUGGAUUACCGAACUAAGUAAUGUAUCGGCGGAACAUCGUUGGAUUUUAUUACGCAAUUUAAAAGCAGCAACUGUUUAUCAAUUUCGCGUUAGUGCUGUGAAUCGAGUUGGCGAAGGUUCUCCUUCGGAACCAAGUAAUAUUGUGGAAUUGCCACAGGAAGAAUUACCGCUACACCGAGCUCCCUCUGGACCUCCAGUUGGAUUUGUGGGUUCAGCUCGUUCACAAUCGGAAAUUAUAACUCAGUGGCAACCGCCUUUGGAAGAACAUCGUAAUGGUCAGAUUUUGGGUUAUAUUAUACGUUAUCGUUUAUAUGGUUAUAACAAUGUUCCCUGGAUGUAUCAAAAUAUUACUAAUGAGGCUCAGAGAAAUUACUUGAUUCAAGAAUUGAUAACCUGGAAGGACUAUGUGGUACAAAUUGCUGCCUACAAUAAUAUGGGUGUUGGUGUUUAUAAUGAAGGUGCUAAGAUUAAAACAAAAGAAGGUGUACCCGAAGCUCCGCCUACAAACGUUAAGGUUCAAGCUAUUAACUCAACUGCUGUUAGAGUUACUUGGACACCCCCAAACCCUCAACAAAUUAAUGGUAUAAAUCAAGGCUAUAAAAUACAAGCUUGGCGUUAUCAAGCUAUAGACGGUGAAGACCGGGAAAUUGAGGAAAGAAUGAUAACAGUACCACCUAGUUUGCUAGAUCCCUUAGCGGAACAGACGGCUAUACUCAAUGGUUUAGAGAAAUAUCAAGAUUAUAAUAUAACUGUUUUAUGUUUUACCGAUCCAGGCGAUGGUGUGAGAAGCUUCCGUGUACCCGUUAAAACUAAAGAAGAUGUGCCAGAUGAAAUAACGGCUUUACAUUUUGAUGAAGUUUCCGAUAGAUCUGUAAAGGUUUUAUGGGCACCACCGAAAAAUAUUAAUGGCAUAUUGACGGGUUAUACAGUUCGUCAUCAGGUUAAAGAUCGCCCCGAAACUAUGAAGUCAGUAAACCUUACUGCUGAAGACACACAAUUAGUGGUGAAUCAAUUACAAGCUACUACCCAUUAUUGGUUUGAAAUAAGGGCUUGGACUCGCAUUGGAGGUGGUCCUCCUAAAACGGCUACUAUACAAUCUGGUGUUGAACCCGUCCUACCUGAACCUCCUACAAAUCUAGCUCUAUCUAAUAUUGAAGCCUUCUCUGUGGUUUUGCAAUUUACCCCAGGUUUUGAUGGUAACUCCUCGAUAACUAAAUGGAAAGUGGAGGCUCAAACGGCUAGAAACUUAACAUGGUUUACAGUUUGCGAAAUAUCUGAUCCAGAUGCAGAAACUUUAACUGUAACCGGUCUUACUCCAUUUACCCAAUAUCGUCUGCGUUUAAGUGCUACCAAUGUAGUAGGUACGUCAAAAGCUUCAGAACCUACCAAAGAUUUCCAAACUAUUCAGGCCCGACCAAUGCAUCCACCAUUUAAUGUGACAGUAAGAGCUAUGUCAGCCACACAGUUGAGAGUACGUUGGAUACCUUUACAACAAACUGAGUGGUUUGGUAAUCCACGUGGUUAUAACAUUACUUAUAAGCAAAUUGAAAGCGAAAACAGAAUUAUACCCAAGAGUGUGCUUAUAGAAGACCACACUGCCAACUCUCAUGUUUUGGAAAGUCUAGAAGAAUGGACGGUUUAUGAAAUAGUCAUGAAUGCUUGUAAUGAUGUGGGUUGCUCACGUGAUAGUGCAACUGCUGUAGAAAGAACUCGAGAGGCUGUACCAUCAUAUGGACCCUUGGAUGUUCAAGCCAACGCUACAUCAUCCACCACCAUUGUAGUUAGAUGGGGUGAAGUGCCGAAGCAACAUCGUAAUGGACAAAUUGAUGGUUUUAAAGUGUUUUACGCUGCUACAAAUCGUGGUGGCCAUGUUUUACAUAAAACCAUAUCAAACAAUAGUUCAUUUACAACAACCUUGACAGAAUUGAAUAAAUUUGUUAUAUACCACAUACAGGUGUUGGCAUUCACAAGACUAGGAGAUGGUGCCUUAAGUACCCCACCCGUUAGGGUACAAACAUUCGAAGAUACUCCAGGUGCCCCCUCGAAUGUUAGUUUUCCAGAUGUAUCAUUUUCAACGGCGCGCAUUAUUUGGGAUGUUCCUGAAGAUCCAAAUGGUGAAAUUUUAGCCUAUCAAGUUACUUACUCAUUAAAUGGUAGCUCGAAUUUAAACUAUAGCAGAGAAUUUUCACCAUCCGAUCGUACCUUCCGCGCUACCCAACUUUUAGCAGAACGUUAUUAUAUAUUUAGUGUUACAGCUCAAACAAGAUUAGGAUGGGGUAAAACCGCCUCGGUAUUAGUUUAUACAACAAAUAAUCGGGAGAGACCACAGCCGCCCUCAAUGCCUCAAAUAUCUAGAUCACAAAUACAAGCUCACCAGAUAACAUUUAGCUGGACACCAGGUAGAGAUGGUUUUGCACCUUUAAGAUACUACACUGUACAAAUGCGUGAAAAUGACGGACCCUGGAGUCUUUUACCGGAGCGGGUGGAUCCUACACUAACUUCGUAUACCGCUACAAAUCUAAAACCUCAUACCACUUAUCAAUUUCGUAUACAAGCCACCAAUGAUUUGGGACCAUCUGCAUUUAGUAGAGAAAGUAUUGUAGUUCGUACUCUAUCUGCAGCUCCUUCGGUUUCAGUUACCAAUCUUAAAGUUGUUCCCAUAACUACUACAUCAGUGCGGGUACAAUGGAAUGCUUUAGAAACAUCUAUGUGGAAUGGUGAUGCCACUACCGGAGGAUAUCGUAUACUCUAUCAGCAACUCUCAGAUUUUCCUACUGCCUUGCAAACUACUCCCAAAACAGAUGUUAUGGGUAUUAAUAUUAAUUCGGUAGUUUUAUCCGAUCUUCAGCAAGAUCGUAAUUACGAAAUAGUUGUGCUACCAUUUAAUUCCCAAGGACCUGGACCAGCUACUCCACCUGUAGCAGUAUACGUAGGAGAAGCUGUACCUACAGGGGAGCCAAGAGCAGUAGAUGCCGCCCCAAUUUCUAGUACUGAAGUACGUUUAAGAUGGAAACCCCCUAAGCAAAGUAUGCAAAAUGGCGAUCUCUUGGGUUACAAAAUAUUCUAUUUAGUAACAGAUUCUCCGCAAGAACUAGAGGAUGGUAAAACAUGGGAAGAAGAAAUUGAGGUAGUUUCGGCCACAGCUACUUCUCACAGUUUAGUGUUUUUAGAUAAAUUUACUGAGUAUCGUAUACAAAUAUUAGCAUUUAAUCCAGCUGGUGAUGGACCUAGAUCAUCACCUAUUACCGUCAAAACACUGCAAGGUCUACCAAGUGCUCCACAAAAUUUAAGAUUUGAAGAUAUUACAAUGCAAUCUUUAAAAGUUUCCUGGGAUGCACCCAAAUUUAAAAAUGGAGAAAUUUUAGGAUAUUUAGUUACAUACGAGACUACAGAGGAAAAUGAGAAAUUCAGUAAACAAGUUAAACAAAAAGUUUCUGGUACCAGCUUAAUGGUACAAAAUCUGGAAGAAGAAGUAACCUAUACAUUUACCGUCCGUGCACAAACUAUUGAUUAUGGACCAGCAGUUAGUGAGAAUGUGACAACUGGUCCUCAAGAGGGUUCUCCGGUAGCACCUAGAGACUUAAUAUUAUCUAAAACGUUAUCCAGUGUAGAAAUGCACUGGUUAAAUGGACCAUCAGGUCGUGGACCCAUAUUGGGUUAUUAUAUUGAAGCUAAAAAACGAGAAAGAGGAGAACCAUCAUUUAUUUACGACUCCCGUUGGGAGACUAUUACGAAAACGACCACCGGCACAAUACAGGACUUUACGGUCAGUUAUCAAAGUUUGUUGCCAUCCACUGCCUAUACAUUCCGCGUUAUUGCAUAUAAUCGUUAUGGAAUAUCAUUCCCCGUCUACUCAAAGGAUUCCAUAUUAACACCAUCCAAAUUACAUUUGGAAUAUGGUUAUCUGCAGCAUAAACCUUUCUACAGACAAACAUGGUUUAUGGUUGCUCUAGCUGCCACAUCUAUUGUUAUAAUCAUUAUGGUUAUAUCGGUAUUAUGUGUUAAGAGCAAAAGUUAUAAAUAUAAACAAGAAGCUCAAAAAACUUUAGAAGAAUCUAUGGCCAUGUCAAUUGAUGAGCGUCAGGAGUUAGCUUUAGAAUUAUAUAGAUCAAGGCAUGGUGUAGGUACUGGUACUUUAAAUAGUGUCGGUACUUUAAGCAGAGGUACUUUGGGUACUAUGGGACGUAAAGCAAAUAAUCGUCCGCCACCUAAUAUACAAUUGGGUAAAAGUCCUCCACGACCUUCACCUGCCUCAGUUGCUUAUCAUAGUGAUGAAGAAAGUCUUAAAUGUUAUGAUGAAAAUCCUGAUGAUAGCAGUGUUACAGAAAAACCAUCAGAAGUUAGUUCAUCGGAAGCAUCACAGCAUUCGGAAAGUGAGAAUGAAAGCGUACGCUCAGAUCCUCAUUCAUUUGUCAAUCACUAUGCUAAUGUUAACGAUUCCCUGCGACAGUCGUGGAAAAAACAAAAACCUGUACGCAAUUAUUCCAGUUACACAGACUCUGAACCUGAAGGUAGUGCAGUGAUGAGUCUCAAUGGUGGUCAAAUUAUUGUUAAUAAUAUGGCCAGAUCGAGAGCACCACUGCCUGGUUUCUCAUCUUUUGUCUGACAAUCUACAGAGUUUUAAGUAUAAACAUACGUACAUAUAAAGAUGAUAUGUACGUAUAUUUUGUUAUCGAUUAAAUUUUAUUUCUAAAAACAAACACACAUACACAUCCAUACAUAAAAUAAUUACAAAUCAUUAAGAGAGAAAACAAAAACAAAAAUCAUAUUCUAUUUAUAAGUGAAAAAAUUAAAUGAAAUUGUCUGCCUAUUUAUUUUUAGUGUUUAAUUAGUAUUUAACCUAAGAGAUCUAACGAAAUUAUUAGUUUUAUCUAUAAGUAACACAAAAAAACGAUAAACUGAUUAAAUAUGUAGUAUACAUUAAAGUAUAUGUAUGUAAUAAUUAUGGUACCAGAUAAUAGCAUUCAUCUACUUAUUUCCAUUAUUUUUUUAAUUAAUUUUAUUAAAUGUUUUUAUAAGUUCUCUUUUUGUAAAACUAUGUAGGUACAUACAUGUGUAAUUAUAGUUAAAAUUUUAAGUAAACUGUACUAUGACAAAGUUCAAAUUUGAAAAAUUUUAAAAGCUAUUCUAAAUGAAUCAAAUGAUGAAUAACCUUUCAUAAGAUUAUUUGUUAAAUAAAAAAAUAAGCUUCAUUUAAUAGCUUUUAAAAGUGAAAGACAAAACUUUUAACGCUUAAUUGUAUUAUAUAUUUAUGAUAUAAAAAUACGUACGUUUAAAUUGACCUAUUUAGAAAUGUGUUCAUAUUACCCCUAAUUGACCCUAACUAAAUUAGUUUAGGGAAAAAGUAACAUUUUGACAUGAAUGCAAAUUUGUAAAGUAUUAUUCUAGAAAAUUAAAAUUUUAUAUUAAAUUAGAAUUCUGUUAUUUUUUUUUUUACAUAAAAAAUAUUCAGAUUUCAAAUUAGAAGAUUUUAUUACAAAUGAAUAUUGCAUGUACAUGUUAUAAAUAUAUUUUGCUAAAUACAAUACCAAUCUAAAGGAAUAAAUUAAUGUGAGAACUAAACAAUAAAACCUCUACCAAUCAUUUUAAUUAAAAAUCACAUAAUAGAUAUAGAGGAAAAAUUUCAGGUUUUGUUUUAUAUUAAUUUAUUUUAGAACAUGUGCAACCAGAACCACAUUACAUUCUUUAAAAGCAACCUUUAAACUAGUAAAGUUGUACAAUUAGUUGUGGAACCCAUUAUAUGAAAUAUUGACACUAAUUAUACAUUGAUUCUAAACAACAGCUAGUUUCGUAAUUUUUAUUAAAAAAUGUCAAAAUUAAAUAAAUAACUGAUUCCAGAACCGUACCAUAGAAAGAAUAUCAUUGACUCUAUUACUAUUCAAACUAAUAUCUAUCAAAACUAUAAACUAAAAGAAAUUGAUUUUUCCCUACAAUUCGCAUUUUUUUAAGACAAAAUUUUAAGUAGCAAUUUGAAGAUAGUUUUGCCGAAAAAAUGUUUGAAAUUGUUGAGAUAUAUUUUAUAUUUGCAAAAAUAUCUUCUGUUGAAGUUUUUUUGCCGCAAAAGAUGUUAUCAAAAUAAUUGAAUUUUAAAGCAUAUUUUGGUAAAUAUAAAUCGUAUAAAAAUUACAAAUACAAUUUUUAAGAUAGAAAUAUUACACAUAAAAUAAAGUUUACAUCACAGAUGAAUAUAUUGCCAUCAAAAACUAAUUUUCAUCCAAAUCUAAUAAAGAGUUAUGAAUAUAUAGUUCCAGAAAAUAUACAAAACUUUAGCAAUGGUUCUCAAUAGGAAUUUUAUAUGAAUAAACUAUAAAUUGUAUAUUCAAUAAAAAUUUAAGACUAAUUUUGAUAUUUUACUCUAAACUUAACUAGUUUAGUUAUGGUCUUUUAAAAGCGGUUAAAAACAAUAAAUAAGUUAAAUGAAUAAAAACCCUCUUCUAGCUUUAGCCUUCAAAACAUUUUUAUCCUUCAAAAUAGCAAUAAGCAUCAAAAUAUAUCCAUUUCUUUAUUUCAUAUCGGUCAAAGAAUUGUAUUCAACUGAAAAAAGGAAAUAUUUUAGUAUUUUUAUUCUUCAGACAAAGAAAAUGGCAAUUUUUAAGUAUUUAAAACGAUCAGAUGUUUAUAUAAAUGUUUAAAUAAAAAAUUUGCAAAAAUCCAUAAACAAAAGCAAGAAAGGGUUUAAAUAUUACAUGUAGUGUCGCUAUUGUAACGUAUACAAUUUUAACUUAUAUGUUUUUGAAUUUUAAUUUAUAGAAAAUCCCCAAUAAAAAAAAACGAUAAAAAAUAUAGCAAUCACUUUGAAAUUGUUUACAUUAUAGAGAUUCGCAGUUAUAUUGGACAUUAGCACAUUAAAUAUUAUACAUAUGUAUGUAUUACCGAAAUAACCGUUAAGCAUAAUUUUGGGACUUAAUAGAGUUGAAUUCAGAUUGAAAGUCCUACAACUAUGUCAACUAAUUUUAAAAUAAUAUUAUAUUAUAUAAAAAGAGUGUGUGAUCAAUUAAACUGCAAAUUCACU